CUCCGCACACACGCGCACGCAUACCCACACAGUACACAAAUUUCAGCUGCACUAAAAUUUCUGACUGGAAAACCUAGACAAAUAACCCAUGGAGGAAACAACGAUUUCUGACGAUGCUUCGUCAGCCCGACAGGCACAUGAAAACUUCUGGAUACAACAGACUGACAACAUCAGUAACCUGAAAUAUACUGACUUCAAAACCCAGGAGUUACCAUUGGCAAGAAUCAAGAAAAUCAUGAAGUUGGAUGACGAAGUCAAGAUGAUAAGUGCCGAAGCCCCAGUACUUUUCUCCAAAGCAGCUGAAAUGUUCAUUGCAGAACUUUCACUCAGAGCGUGGUUGCAUACAGAGGACAACAAAAGACGUACAUUGCAGAGGAAUGAUAUCGCCAUGGCAAUAACCAAGUGUGAUCAGUUUGAUUUCCUGAUUGACAUCGUCCCGAGAGAUGAACUGAAAAGCACAAAAAGAACGGAUGGUCAGGUGCAGCAAGCAGCCAUGAUGCCAGAGCAGGUCCAGUACUACUUUCAACUAUCCCAGAACCAGAUAGCCCAGGCUUCUACGACAGGAGCUCCUGCUACCACUCCACAAAACCUGGGCACUCUCAUCGCAACCACACAAGCUCAACAGCAACUGCAGACUGUACAAGUGUCGGGGACAGACACCACCGCUGCCCAGCUUGUACCAGCACAGGGCACUCCUAUACAGCUCCAGCAAGCAGGGGGGCAAGCAGCAGGGGGCAUCCAACACAUCAUCACAAACACAGGAGAGAUACAGCAGGUUCAACUUCCAGUCGGUCAGCAGAUACAGUAUGUGAGACAAGCCCAGGGCCAGCAGCAACAGGGUCUACAGCAAGCCGGUCAAGAGUUUGUCACCCAGAUCUCCGGCUCUCAGCCUCCGAUCUACCAGAUUCAGACGGCAACCGGUACACAGCAAGUGUACUUACAACAACCGACAACGACGACAACUGCAACACAAUAACCCCCUUUGUAACAACAGUGAUUUUUAAAAAGAAUAACAAUUUAAUAUUUAUUUGAAACUCAAUUCAUCUUUUCAUCUGGUGCUGCAACAGAUGAAAAAAUUAUGCACCAUUUGUCAUUUUUACAGAUAUGCCUUAUGAAUCUCAUGUGAACUAAACAGUUAUUAACAGACACAUCUGAAUAUUGUUCGGUUUGAUUGAAGAUGACAUAUUUUGCUCCUUACCCCCCGCUUGACAUCAUUUUGAAACAAUAAAAAUUUGUGAAAUGGUUUUAUUGUUAUUACUAGCUGGGAUUUUUGUCAAGUCUAUAAAUUUCUGUCGCGGUGAUAGUGAAGCGGCUCUCUUUCUACUACAAGCCACGAAUUAACCCACGGAACUUACAGCAAUUGAGGUAAUGCCCUGUGCUUUUGCUGUGGUGCCCUUUGCAAAGUUCCAAUACAAAUUGAAAUUUUCCUCAUAGAGGUGGCCCUAACCAGAACGAAAUUGCUUCAAGAACAAAGUUCAAGGCCUGCCUGCUCUCACCACUACGGUCCCGAUUUAACAAAAGUUGUACGUAUUCAAUGCACAUUUGUAUUUAGUACAUUAUUAUGGUUGGCACGGCAGCCAAUUAAACCGCCUGGACCUGUCCAUUUUAUCAAAGGGUGGUAAUUCUAUCGAAUACUGUGAAUACACUGAAUGUUUAGACUUGAGAACAUUUGUAAAUAAGUUUCGUGCUGUAAACACUUUUAAACGGUAAUUUUUGAAACUUUCACUGGUGGCUUUUAUUGUAUCUUUCUUGACAAAAUGCCAAACAAUGAUCCUACCUUUAAUUUAAAACAAUGACUUUCACUAACUCAUUCCAAAAUAUUUUCAGCAGAUUGAUGUUUUUGACAGUUAUAAUGAUAAGAUCAUAAACAUAAUGUAUGCAAAGGAUUGAAUAGAUGUAUUUUUACCCUCUUAAAUAUUUGCCAAGUCUGGAAAUACAUUUUUACUUUGUUAUAAAGGUCAAUGGGAUACAUGUACACAAUUCACUUGUUGGUCUUCGUUCAACCUCAGUGAGAGUUUGAUUUGGCUUGUGACAUCAGAUGCAAAAAAUCUGUAUGGAAAGUAGGAUGAUUACAGCUAUUUGUUCACUACUCACUUGUACUUGAUAACAAGAAAUAAUGUAUAAUAAAGAAAACAUUUACUAUAAAAAAGAGUCGACUGUUG